AAAGAUGAUAAGAUAUUCUCUGAAGCAAGGCUCAACUUCAAAUGCAUUCUUCCAUUACUUGAACCUCAUUGUAGUGAUCCUGGAUAUUGUUCUUGUUGGGUAUUUCCUUGUUACUACUGCAGCAACAGAAGCAUGGCAGAUGCUAGUGCCUGUACAUUUAGUAAUCCUGAUGCCAAGCUUGCUAUAUCACUGGAGACCAAAUCUCAAAAACAACUUCUUGUUCAGUUGGGUUGCACAUACUAUCAGUUCUCUGUUAAUAGCUCUGUUUUUCUUGAACGUAGCCGUGCUAUUCUACAUGGAGGAUGGCUGGGGUCAACUCGGAAUGUUUAUCUUCAUCAUACUCGUAACAUUCCCAAGCGCUUUAAUUUCCUUCAGCCUCCUAAUGUUGCUCAACUCAGGUACAACACCUCCCCAGAUGCCAUACUUCAUCUCCCAAAAUGUCGAGCUCUACCAAGGUUACACAACAGUAUAACUUCUUUCAUAACUUCUCUUCCUCUCUCCCCCAUCCCUAUAAACC